UUUGGGACUCGUCAGCUGGAUGUACCUGCUUGAUGUUCACUCUUGGAUUCGUAUACAGUACCUUUCACUUCAAACGUCACCAUGUUAUCCACUUAACUACUGAAUCCUGAUAGCUACUUGCAUGUGCAAUGAACUAUUUAUCUUGAUAAAAUAAAGUGGAUAUUUAAAUACCUUAACAUCAAAUAAACAAUACUAAAUGAAUUCAAACUUCAUCUCAUCACACAAGCAAGUGGCUUACAAUAUUCAGUAGCUAAAUGGAUAACAUGAUGGCGUUUGAAGCGAAAGGUACUGGGUUCGAGUCCCAUAAUAAACAUCAACUCUAUGAUAUAGGUAUAUCCAUCUGACGAGUUCGAAAUAGGACGAAACGCGCAUCCUGGAUUCCACUGUUAGCCACAAUUCAUCUUUGCUAAAAAAAAAUACCACAAGUUUCUAUUCAUUAAUCACACUUUAUUUUACUGUUGUUCACAUUGUUUUUUUCAUUCUAUCCUGUACUAGUUACAUUCUUAUAUUAGUAAGAUAGUUUACAUUUACUUUAUUCUUUUUUUAUUUAUUAUAUAUUGUCUAUUAACAAAUACAUGAUUCGUUUGUAUACAUAAAUUGUGUAAGUAAGAGUUGUUGGUCUCAUUCUUUCUCUUCUUUUGUUGUUGUUGUUGUUGUUUUUUCUCCUUAACAAUAAGUUAAUAUGACAUAUACAUAUAUAUGUAAUGAUUGGUUACACCCUAUAUUGUAUAUUGCUAUUGCACAAUUAUAAAUGAGUAAAUCAAAAGAAAAAAAGGGUUUGUGUUUUUUUUUGUUGUUGAGGGGGGGGGAUACAAUCAUAAGUCAGAUAAGACAUUAAGUAUAUAAUUAUACAUUUAAAGAUUGAGCACAUUUAUAAAUCCCCUUUGAUCAUAUUUGAUUAUUAGUAAUUAUCCUAUUUAUAAUUGAUCUCAUAAAUCAUCGUAUAUUUAAUUGACAGUAUUAUGAAAGAAAUUAUAGCAAUGAUUAAAGAUGCUGAUAUGAAUCGUUCUAUGCAAGAAGAUGCUGUAUAUAUAGCUGCAAAUGCAAUGGAUGAACAUAAUACUGAACAAGAAAUUGCAAGAUAUAUUAAAAUACAAUUUGAUCAUAAAUAUAAACCAUAUUGGCAUUGUAUAGUUGGUGGAACAUUUUCUAGUUUUGUAUCCCAUGAAGCAAAUAAAUUCAUCUAUUUCUUCCUUGGAAAUCAUUCCAUACUUUUAUAUAAAUCAUUAUAAUUAUAUUUACUGUAUUAUAGUUUCUAUGAGUAACACAAAAAAAAAUUUCAGAUUUCAAGUGUUACGUAAUCAUAAACAAUGUAAACAACUUGUAUAUUGUUAACAAUGAUGAUGAUGUCAAGGUAACCCUAUUUUUCUUACAAAAAAUUUCCAAUGUGAUCAAGAAAAAACAAAACAAAAAAAACGUGAUAAAUAUGCAUUUCCUUGUUUUUUAUCAUUAAUUCUGUAAAUUAUUGAUUAUUUUUUUGUUUUGUUUUAUUUUCAAUAUGAUUCCUGUGAUAAUCGG